GGCUGUGGUAUUAUUAUACGGUGCAGCGAACGGCGUCGAUACGCUACCGUCCAUUUCAGCAUUUUAAUGUCAAAAUGGGAGCUUGUCUGGCCUUGUGUUCUUUAGCCAGCUGUGCCUCCUGUCUGUGUGGCUCAGCACCAUGCCUUCUGUGUGGAUGCUGCCCCUCUUCCAAUAACUCCACUAUCACAAGGCUGGUAUUCUCCUUCUUCUUGCUGCUGGGGACCAUGGUGUCUGUCAUCAUGAUCCUUCCUGGAAUGGAAACACAGCUGCGAAAAAUCCCAGGAUUUUGCCAAGGAGGAACCACUAUACUUGGUAUUGAAAACAAGGCCAACUGUGAUGUCCUUGUGGGCUACAAGUCUGUGUACCGUAUGUGCUUCGCCAUGACCUGCUUCUUCUUUCUGUUCUCCGCAAUCAUGAUUCGUGUCCGUAGCAGCAAAGACCCACGUGCAGCCAUUCAAAAUGGGUUCUGGUUCUUUAAGUUUCUGAUCCUGGUUGGGAUAACAGUGGGAGCUUUUUUCAUCCCUGACGGAACAUUUCAUACUGUGUGGUUUUACUUUGGAGUGGUGGGAUCCUUCAUCUUCAUUAUCAUCCAACUUAUUCUCCUCAUCGACUUUGCCCAUUCCUGGAACAAGGUGUGGGUAGAAAAUGCUGAAAAUAGUGACAACAAAUGCUGGUUUGCAGGCCUGCUGUCUUUUACCUUCAUCUACUAUGCCCUGGCUAUCACUGCUGUGGUGCUUUUCUACGUUUACUACACACAGCCUGAUGACUGCACAGAGCACAAGGUCUUCAUCAGCCUCAACCUUAUCUUCUGCAUUAUUAUAUCCAUUGUCUCCAUCCUUCCUAAGAUACAGGAAGCUCAGCCACACUCUGGUUUGCUCCAGGCUUCACUCAUCUCCCUCUACACUAUGUAUGUCACUUGGUCUGCAAUGACCAACAAUCCAAAUCGGAACUGUAACCCCAGCCUAUUGAGUCUAGUGUCAAACAUCAGCACCACUGUACCAUCUGGUGACGGCACUACAGGACAGGUGCAGUGGUGGGAUGCCCAGGGCAUCGUAGGUUUGGUCAUCUUCCUUUUCUGCACUCUCUAUGCCAGUAUUCGUUCGUCCAGCAACACCCAGGUAAACAAGCUGAUGCAGACAGAGGAGAGUGGAGGAGAGGGUGGAGGAGAGGGUGUAGUGGGAGAGGACGGCAUACGCAGAGCCGUGGACAAUGAGGAAGAGAGAGUCACCUACAACUACUCCUUUUUCCACUUCCACCUCUGUCUGGCCUCUCUGUACAUCAUGAUGACUCUCACCAACUGGUACCAACCGGACACCACCACCCAGGCCAUGCAGAGCAGUAUGCCUGCUGUGUGGGUGAAGAUGAGCUCCAGCUGGCUGGGCCUUGGCCUCUACCUCUGGACCCUCAUCGCCCCACUCAUCUUCCCUGAUAGGGAUUUCAACUGAGCACACCUUGUCUUUUGGCUGUCUUUGAUUCUGCUUUUUUUUGUUUGUUUGUUUGUUUGUUUGUUUUCGUGCCUAAUGUAGAAGGCAGUGUGAAGGAUGCUAUAAAGGAAAUAGGAAGGAUGCUAUAAGGGAAAUACUUAAAAUUAUUAUUUUUUCUUUUCCAGAUGAACACUUUUGCUAUUGUGUGUCUAUUGUUUUACUUUUCUCAGUAUGUUUGAGUGUUGUAAUCACUACAGAUAUUUGAAAGUGUAAAUUGAUUUUAUUAGUUAGCCUGUUUGAUGCUGGUGUUAGCCACAAGAAGGUAUUUUCUUUGCCAAUGACUCACCUUGAUGUGGCAUGAUUGUAUGAGCUCUGUUAUAUUUUUGCUGAAUUUUAGUUACUGGACUAUCACAAAGCAACAAGGCACUUUCUCAAUACCUCAGACGUUUCAUUUACAGAUUCCCUUUUUAAGGCCUGUGAGAUCAGACUUCUCUGAUUGGCCAGGUCUGGAGCCUGUCUGAUUAGCUGGACUCUUAGUGCUGGUGCAACCAGGGUAGCCCUCUUUAGGAGCCCCAGAGCGAGGUGAGUGUGAGAGUUAGAUAAGACUAAUAUGACACACCCCACAGAUCAUAACAGGGCUUCCCCUUUGCUGCUGGGCUGUAUGCAAAUCUACGUCAUCGCACCUUGAUCCAGAGAGUCCUAAUAUACAACCAGUCUAAUCUCAGCUCUUCCUUGCCUUCUUCAACCUAAGGUAAUUAAUCUGCGGUGCUAAGCCUUUCCAUGUCUGACUGUGUUUGGCCUUGUACAGCCACGGUAACAGUCUGUACCUGUAUAGCAGUCUAUUUGCAGCAGGGAGGCUUGUAUUGAUCCAUAGCAGUCAGCAUCAUGCAAUGUGCAGCGAUACGGUUCAGGAGGUGAUGGCGUUAACUCCACGCCACCUGCGCUCUCACAGAUACCAUUAUUUCCAGAAUGUUGCAGAGUGUGCUACUGAGUCUAGAGAAAAGGGAUUUUUAAAUGUUGUAAUGUAAAAAAAACAAUAAUGAAGCAUUUCAGAAAUGAUAAAUUGCUGUUAAAUGGUAAUGAGCUGCAUAGUAUGUUGAUGGUUGUAAUGGUGUUAAGUAAUUUUAUGCAUUAUAUAGUAGUUACCUCAAUUUCAGUAUGAACAGAAUGAGUUAAAAUAAGAUGAGUAUAUUUUGUACUUGUGAAAAAUGAUUUUGGUACAAUCCUGUAAAUGUUAUCCUUUGUCUAUGUUAUGUUCUUUUUCAAUACUUCAACACCCACACACACACAAAUCAGACUUUCUGUGUCUCUGGCUGCAUGUGAAUAUUGUGAAUAGAUUUUUCCAGGUGAUGUGAUAAAUUGAGUCGUUUUAUAUUAAUUUUGUUUAUCACACAUGUCAAAUGUAUUUUACCAUUAUCCACCUACAAAGGAAAAGUAUUUAGACAGAUUUGCCAACAUUAGAUCAUAACAUGCAAUAUUUCAAAACACUAUUAAGUGCCUUUUUGUAGUUCAGCAUUUCAAAAAAAGUCACUAAUGCUGACGUGCUUAUUAUGCCUUGCCUUACACAUUGUGGUGAGUCAGUCAUUGCAUGCCAUAAGGCAUAGGCCUUUGGCAUGAAUUAAUAUUGUAAUUAAUGUAUAAAUUUUAUUUUUAAUAAAGAUGAAAAACCUUCACUCA